AGCGAAGCAGAGGAGGAGAGAGCAUGAGCGUACGCCACACACUCACUCACUCGUGAGCGCUCUCUCUCACACACACACACACACGCGUGCCUCUCGUAAUCUCACAGAGGAACUGAAAGAGAGAGAAAGAAAGAAGAAGAGAGAGGAGAUGAGGAUGCUGCUGCUGCUGCUGAUGAUGAUAAUGAUGAUGCCCCGGGUCUCGACCUAAUCUUGUGCGAUUGUUAUUUUUAUGGGAACAAAGUGGAGCUGAAUGCACGGCUCGCGGGGCAACGCUGCAGCAAAAUGAGGACGGCGACGCGCCAUGGAGCAGCCGUGUUUCUGGCCAUCACCAUGUGCACCAGCUUAUUCUUCAUAUACAACGUCAACAGCAACAACAACAACCAUGACAGCAGCACUGGACGUUCUCCUUCUGCAUCCACCCAGAAACCUAACAAAGCUCCUCCACCUCUGCAGGGCUACAUCAGCAUUAUUGACCACAGCCCCCUGAAAAUGCACUGCGGAAGCUGCUCACUGGUCACCAGCUCCGGGCACCUGACAGCUGGAGGGCAGGGCGAGGAGAUCGACAGGGCCGACUGCGUGAUCCGAAUGAACGAUGCGCCGAGCGGCCGCGGGUUCGGCCCAGACGUCGGCCGACGCACCACCAUGAGGGUGAUCGCACAUUCUAGCAUGCAGCGUGUCUUACGCAGCCGCCACGAGCUGCUCAACUCCAGCCAUGACACCGUGUUCAUCUUCUGGGGCCCGAGCAAUUACAUGCGGCGCGAUGGGAAGGGCUUGAUCUACAACAACCUGCGCCUCAUGAACCAGGUGCUCCCCAAACUCAAGGUCUACAUCAUCUCCUGGCAGAAGAUGCUGCAGUUCGACGACCUCUUUAAGAAAGAGACGGGCAAAGACAGGAGGACGUCUAACUCCUGGUUGAGUACGGGCUGGUUCACGAUGACGAUAGCCCUAGAGCUGUGCGACCGAAUUAACGUUUACGGCAUGGUGCCUCCCGAUUUCUGCAAGGAAGCCCAGCGCCCGUCCGUCCCAUACCAUUAUUACGAGCCGCUGGGGCCAGACGAGUGCGCCAUGUACAUCUCCCAUGAGCGCGGACGCCGGGGCAGCCAUCACCGCUUCAUCACCGAGAAACGCGUCUUUGCUAACUGGGCGAGGACAUUCGACAUCCAUUUCUACCAGCCCGAAUGGAGUCCACCACCUUUACCCAAAAACAGCACAGGGACCACAGGGUUGCCUCAGUCACGAAGGACGUGACUCCGGAACUGUCCUGUCCGCAGGCUAAUAUGUUCGAAGAGCCGGCUUGCUUGCUUUUUUUUUUUUUUGCAGACUGAAUAAACAGGGACCUCAACAAACAUCAAGUCGUUCUUUGUUCUACAGAUGGAGGGACAUUUCCAAUCAGUUUGCAUUCAUGGUACUUUUUGGAUACCUGUGUUUAAGUUUUACGGGGUUUUUUUUUUGUUUAAAACCCCUUAAUCUAGAUGCAUGUGUAGAGAAGCUGAUGAUAAACCUAACCACAAUUAGUCUUAAGGUUAGAAAUCAGUCCUGGAUGAAUCUUUCUAGAUUUAUCUACAGUACAGUACAAAGUACAAUACACUGUUAUCUUCAAGAGGCAUGAAAAGGACAUUUAUCUAUAAAUGGAUGAUUUUAGCUUUUUUUUGAGCUGUACAGAAAAAAUGAUUGCCGUUUAUUUUUUAAAGGGUUUUAAAUAUGAUUUAUUAUUAAUCUGACCAUCGUAUGUUUUUUUUAUGGAGGUUCCUUUUUCCUUUGCUUUGCCGAAUUCUCAGGAUCUGUUGUGUUUUCUAAAAUCAACUGUAUUGUAUAUAGUAGAUCAGACAAGGUACAUAAAUAUAUGUAAGCUAUUUAAAAACAUUUCCAUUAAACGGUACAAAAAAAUAUAUUUUAGGCCCAUAGUCACCUUAUGGCUUUGGUGUUUGAUGGUUUUUUCGUUUUUUAAGUGACUGAAUGGCUUAUGAGGAAAUAAUGUCGCCUUUGUACUACUAUCGUAGAAUAUAUUUGCUGUAUAAUAUGCAGAUUUGCUAGAAUUGGAACGAUUUCUUCCACUGUGGUUGUCUAACUAAAGAAAACUUUCUAGA